AUGGAGGCUGGAGAUUUUCCCACUGAUUGCUACCUUGAUGCUGUCGUGCGUUUCCUCCGAAUUAUUAAGUACAAUGACGACAAUUACACACACGAAGAGCGAGUGCGCAACCUGCACUAUGCGUACACUAAAGCGGCAAUGCACUUUUCUCAGCCGAAGCAACAGGCACUAAUCAAGGCCAGCCCCAGGCGCCUGCAAGCAUCACUGCAAACUAUCGUUGCUAUGGUGGUGUAUGCUUGGGUUCGUGUAGACCCCGAGGUCAUGGCAGAUCUGAGCAUUCAUUAUACGUACAUGUUGGUUCUUGAUGAUAGCCAAGAUGAUCCGGAUGCCACCAUGAAAUCAUUUUACGAAGACCUGCUGGCCGGCCGGCCCCAACAGCACCCUUGGUGGCAAAUGGUCAAUGAACAAUUUCCCACCGUGUUGAGUCAUUAUGGUCCUUAUUGCGGCCUCAAUCUGGUCCGGAGCACAACGGAUUUUUUCCAAGGUUGCUGGAUUGAGCAGCAUAACUUUCAGGGAUUCCCAGGCUCAUCCGACUUCCCUGGCUUUUUGCGCCGCAUGAAUGGGCUCGGCCACUGCGUUGGCGGAUCCAUCUUCCCGAAAGCGCAGUUCGACGAGGGUGCGCUUUUCACUGAGAUCACGUCAGUAAUUGCCCAAAUGGAGAACUGGAUGGUGUGGGUCAACGACUUGCUAUCAUUCUACAAAGAAUUUGACGAACCUCGAGACCAAACCUCGCUUGUAAACAACUAUGCAAAGUGUGAUCGCCUUUCCCUUGCGGAAGCGCUGGACAAGCUGACGCGCGACACGAUCCGCUCUUCAGAGCAGAUAGUGGAGGUCUUUGCGGACAAAGAUCCGAGCAUUGCUGAUACCCUGAGAACAUUCUGUCAGGGUUACGUAACGUGGCACCUGAGCGACCCGCGGUAUCGUCUCCGUGAGCUCGUCACCAAUGCCGCUGGCGGUGACAGCCUGGUGGCACAGGAGUUCCGCGCUCACCAAGCCGCUGCCGAUCUCGUUGGUGCAGUUGAUCCUAAAGAGUGGGCUUACCCCCGCAUAGCAGAUAUGGUGGAGAACGCCCAGGAGGUUAAGGAUGUGCAGACUACUGAGCCAUUUGUCCGCAAGGCUUUCCUGAACGCUCUUCCUGUAGGUACCAUUGCACAGUGGGGAAAGAAGGUUUGGGCGCAGGAAUAUGUGUAG